AUGGCUAGUGACGGAACUGGAAUUCUGUGUCGUGGCAUUAGUAGCAUGCGAAGACUCGAAGGAAAAUUUGUGUUAAUUACAGGCGCUUCAGCGGGUAUCGGUGAAGCAUGUGCAAAAGAAUUUGCAGCUGCAGGAUCAAAUUUGGUUCUUACAGCUCGACGAUUAGAUCGAAUAGAAAAUUUGAAAAGUGAUCUUUCAAAAAAGUAUCCACAACUAAAAAUUCACACUCAUCAACUGGACGUACGUGAUAAAGUGAAUGUUGAUAAGUUGGUACCCGGUUUACCAUCCGAAUUCAAGGAUAUUGAUAUACUUGUUAAUAAUGCUGGCCUUGUUAUUGGGAUUGACAAAAUUGAUAAUGUCACCGAUGAAGCGAUCGAUACGAUGAUUGACACAAAUGUUAAAGGUCUCAUAUAUGUAACGCGAGCUAUAUUGCCCGGGAUGAGAGAACGCCAACGCGGUCAUAUUAUUAACAUAGGAUCUGUAUCAGGAAAACAGGUCUAUCCUGGGGGCGGUGUUUACUGCGCGUCAAAACAUGCUGUAAAUGCGAUUUCAAGAACACUAUUGUAUGAACUGGUUGAUACGCCGAUUCGCGUGACCGAAGUGAAUCCUGGAAUGGUAGAGACAGAAUUCUCGGUAGUCCGAUUCAAAGGUGACAAAGAGAGAGCUGAGAAAGUGUAUCAAGGGCUUAAUCCUUUGACUGGUGAAGAUAUCGCCGAGACGGUGGUAUUUGCAGCUUCGCGCCCAGAUCAUGUUAACAUAGCAGAUGUGUUGAUCUAUCCAGUUAAUCAAGCGGCUGUCACAACCUUGCAUCGUCCGCUUCUACAACAAGAUCAAGAAAAGAAAUAA